AUGGAGAACUACCAGAAGAUGGAGAAGAUUGGCGAGGGCACUUACGGCGUUGUUUACAAGGCGCGCGACCUCACCACACCCGACAAGCGCAUCGUCGCCCUCAAGAAGAUCCGUCUGGAAGCCGAGGAUGAGGGAGUGCCGUCGACUGCGAUCCGCGAGAUCUCGCUCCUCAAGGAGAUGAGCGACCCCAACAUUGUGCGCCUGUUCAACAUUGUCCACGCCGACGGCCACAAGCUCUACCUGGUCUUUGAGUACCUCGACCUGGAUCUGAAGAAGUACAUGGAGGCUCUGCCCGUGUCACAAGGUGGCCGCGGCAAGCCUCUGCCCGAAGGAUGCAUGGACGGCCGCGCUGGCCACAUGGGACUCGGCGAAGCAAUGGUCAAGAAGUUCAUGCACCAGCUGUGUGCUGGUAUCCGCUACUGCCAUUCCCACCGCAUUCUCCACCGCGACUUGAAGCCCCAGAACCUGCUCAUCGACAAGGAGGGCAACCUCAAGCUGGCCGAUUUCGGUCUGGCCAGAGCCUUCGGGGUGCCUCUUCGCACCUACACCCACGAGGCAAUGCUGACUUUGACAAAACAGGUCGUCACCCUCUGGUACCGCGCACCCGAGAUUCUCCUCGGCGGCCGUCAAUACAGCACAGGCGUCGACAUGUGGUCCGUUGGCUGCAUCUUCGCCGAGAUGGCCACACGCAAGCCUCUCUUCCCUGGCGACUCGGAGAUCGACGAGAUCUUCAAGAUCUUCCGCAUCCUCGGUACCCCUGGCGAGCAAGAUUGGCCCGGUGUCACCAGCUUCCCCGACUUCAAGCCCAGUUUCCCCAAGUGGACCCGUAACCCUGACGACGACAUCAUCAACCCCGACGGCGCAAGAGUUUUGGGCGAGGACGGCAUCGACCUCCUCGAGUCGCUGCUCAUCUACGAUCCCGCCGGCAGAAUCUCCGCAAAGCAGGCCUGCCUACACCCCUACUUCAACGACUCAAAGUACUACGGAGCACGAAACGGCUUCCACUGA